CAAACUUUAAUCACUCUCCAAUCUCUCUCUCUAGUCCUCCCUUGGCCGAUCGGCCACUUCUUUCCCCUCUCACGACCAAACUUCCCAAUUCCCUCCUGCUUCCUUCCCAAAUCACCAACCCAUCCAAUUUCACCCAUCACACACGUCCACCAUCGUCCAAAUCCUACCCACUUUCUAUUCCCUUAUUCAACUGAACCAAACCUUAUCCAGGCACUCAUCAGUUGGUAUCAGAGAUUCAGAGUCUGGUUAGGGUGAUGUUUAUGACUGUAGAAACCAAAAAAAUGAGCAAGACAAAAGGAUUGCAAACGACGUCGGAUCAAUCCACCAUGCAAGAUGAGCUCGAUGUUCAGGUGGUGUACACCAAAAUCGGGAAAUUGGUUGAAGGACAUGAAACUCUAAUGGCUAAACUAGACAUGCUAUUGGACCAAGGCCAAAAGGCGGCGGCCACCACAGAGCAAGGGCAAGCGAACUUGAGGCGCCAGACCACGAUCACGGAGAACGACUUUGCUGCCCUGAUCCAGGCCAUCGCGUCCCUCCGCGAGGGUGGUGGCAUAGUGGCGGUGACAGUCCCGGGCAAAGGGCAGCGGUGGCGAUCGGCAGGGGCAGGCCAGCGAUCAACGUCGGGCAUCCCCAACCUCAACCGAUGGGAGCACCGCGCGACGGGAUCACGACAAGGAGGUGACCGGCGGGGACGAAGGCAGCGGAGCGAACGGGACGGCGGGGGAGCCGCCUGUCAACUUCCUUAGUCCUGAUGCAAGAAGGAUUGCAGACUGAAGAGGAGGCUGAAGAUCGAAGUUGCAGAACGGAGUCGUUUUCCUUUUGUUUUAUGUUCAUUAACAAUGAAACUCUGUCGUUUUACUUAAAGGCUUGUUAGCCGUUAAUAGCCGUUACUAAACAGUACUUUGGUUU